UUUAUGUCAAUAACGUGCUUGAAUAAACUGAACUGAAUUCGGUGAACAAGUGAAACAAUAAACGAACUCAAACAGAUGGUGAUAUAUUAACUGUGGAAAAUAUCAUCAGCUAUCCCGCCUGUAGCUCUUCUAGAGUUACUGCCCUUCCCAAGCCCGGGUAAAGUAGGAGGGUUGGGCAUGAGGUGAGCGUCCCUAUCCCGUGGAAAUCUAACUCGCUAAAAAAACGCUUACCAGAAAAAAUUAUUCAAACCAUUUCAACUCUGCCCUGGGAGUUAGGUCUUCAUUUAGAAGAAUUAUGACGCUUCAUGGUGAAAGCCGAGUUCCUUCGAAAGCCACGAGGCCGAUGCCACUUCUAAAAACCAGAGCAAAAAUGUUUGUGGGGGAACGGGAAGACCAGUGAAAUAGCAACGGAAAUGAGGAGAUACAAAUUGGCAGUACUGGGAAUCAGCAAAACCCACUGGACCCAAGCUGGACAGAAAGAGCUAGCUACGGGAGCGAUGCUACUAUACUCCGGUCACGAAGAGCAAAAUGCUCCACACACUCAGGAAGUCGCUCUAAUGCCGUCCAAAGUAGCACGAAAUGCACUUGUAGGAUGGGAAUCUCACGGAUCCAGAAUCAUCAAAGCAUCGUUCAAAACAAAGAAGGAGGGGAUCACGAUGAAUAUUAUCCAAUGUUAUGCACCCACCAAUGAUAGCAACGACGACAUUAAAGAUCAAUUCUAUGAGCGGCUGCAGUCAAUCAUAGAGAAGCGCCCAAGAAAGGAUCUCACCAUUCUGAUGGGAGAUCUAACUGUCAAAGUUGGAAUAGACAACACCGGAUAUGAAGAUAUCAUGGGACGACAUGGACUGGGUGAGAGAAACGAAAAUGGAGAAAGAUUUGCAAAUCUAUGUUCAUUCAACAAAUUGGUCAUAGGUGGCACAAUAUGUCCACACAAUUGUAUACACAAGGCUAAAUGGAUCUCUUCGGACCACACUACAGAGAGCCAGAUUGAUCAUAUUUGCAUCAAAAAGAAUUCCGAAGGACAAUGGAAGAUGUGAGAACUAGGAGAGGAGCCGAUAUAGCUUCAGAUCACCACACCACCUAGUUGUAGCCAAUUUAAAACUGAAGCUAAAAAUGAACUGGACAACUGGACAAACAGCACUACAAAGGUUCAAUACAGCCUUCCUUCGAGAUACUGACAAACUCAAUGAAUUCA